AUGUACAGCACCCAUCCUCCCCACGAUCAGUCUGUCCAAAGGACACUACCACAUCCCGAACCACGUCCCAACCCACCCCAAGAAACUACCUCCAAUCUGCCACACCCACCCCUUCUCCCCGAAGUUUCUCACAGCACUAUCCCCAGCCAAAAUUCUAGCAUCCACAAUACCAAUAAUUCGAGUGGCACGCUCAAUCGUGUUACUGGGGACCAACGCUUCGAUGCGCGUAGUGUCAGCACGCUCUUAAACUGCGAAGGGACGACUAUCCAGUUGGUGGUAAUGUCGGGGGAAGCUGCAGGGGAAGCUGCAGGGGAAGCUCGUGCUACGGGGCAGGUUCUGCGAGACGGAGACGGUGGUGCCAGCAGCAGAGCCGAGAUACAAAGGUUGCAGGCCAGAACGGAGGAACUCCAGUCCGACAUUGAGUGGAUGGAGACAAGAGCAGAGGAUCUUUUGCUGGAGAUUGAAAGGCUGAAGGAUGAUCUUCCGCCUCUCGAAGAAUGGGGAGGAAUAGAGCAGAGCGAGCAAGGGGGUCUGGUGGGCGGGAUUGAUUAG